AUGUCAGGUGAAAAGUUGCAGGAAAUAUUUUGGUCUGUAGAAGAACUAAUUUAUAUACAUUACCAAGAUGAACAUAUAUAUGAGAUUAAGGAAAAAGAAAUUAUAGAAUCUUUAUCAAUAUUAUAUUAUAAUAAUAAUAAUAAUAAUAAUAAUAAUAAUGAUAAUAAUAAUAAUAAUAAUAAUGUAGUAGAUUUCAAAAAGAAUAAUGAAAUAUUAAUUAAUGUUUUAGAAGAAGAAAAUAAAUUAAAAAAUAAUUUUUUGGAAAAUUUGAUAGAAGAAUUUAUGGAUUUAUUUAUCGUUAUAAAAUUAAUUAAGAAUGCAAAGCAUAAAGAAUGUAUUAGGCAUCGAUUUAUUCACAACAUUUUUGAUUAUAUAAAAGAUAUUUUUAGUAAUAAAUGUAUUAACAAUAUAGAAGAUAUUAAAAAAGAAAUAUGUAAUUAUAUAUUUAUGGAAAAAAAGAAACAUCAAGAAAUGGAAUAUGAUAAUAAUAUAUUUUUACACACAUGUUAUAUUUUUUUAUAUGAAAUAAAAUUAUUAUUAUGUUGUUAUAUUUUGUUAAAUAUAUUUGUUCAAUAUAAUUGGACUGGCCCUCCACUGAAUUAUGAUAUUAAAGAUAAACAAAUUAUUCAUGAUGAAGAUAUUUAUUUUAAAGAUUUUAUACAUGCUAUACAUAUAAAAAAUAAUACGAAAUUUUUAAAUUCCUCUUUAAGUUUUUUAAGUUUAGAAGGUGAAGAAAUAUAUGAAUAUUGUGAAUUAAUAAAUUCAUUCUCUUUAUCUAUUAUAUUUUUAGGAUUAAUAAAUAAUUAUAACAAUCAAACGGAUAAUCAUAUAUUUUCGUUUUGUGAAUAUGAUCAUUUUUUUAGUUCUGAAUAUGAUGGGAAUAGGAAUAAGUCCAUGACCUCUCUUCAUAAUGAUAAUAUUUAUAAUAAUGAAAAUAUUUAUAAUAAUGGAAAUAUUCAUAAUAAUGAAAAUAUUUAUAAUAAUGAAAAUAUUUAUAAUAAUGAAAAUAUUCAUAAUAAUGAAAAUAUUCAUAAUAAUGGAAAUAUUCAUAAUAAUGAAAAUAUUCAUAAUAAUGAAAAUAUUCAUAAUAAUGAAAAUAUUCAUAAUAAUGAAAAUAUUCAUAAUAAUGAAAAUAUUCAUAAUAAUGAAAAUAUUCAUAAUAAUGAAAAUAUUCAUAAUAAUGAAAAUAUUCAUAAUAAUGAAAAUAUUCAUAAUAAUCAUAAGAAGAGUAAUUAUUUUUAUCCUUGUAACAAAUUAUUUGAUCAUUUAAAAUUAUUAUAUUUUGUUAAAAGCAAAUAUUUGUGGAAAGCUAGGAUUUUUUUUAUAUGGCAAAGAUUAUUUACUUCAAGCAAUGAUUAUUAUUAUUCUUUAAAAAUUAAUAUUAUUGAUAAACCUAUACAUAUAUUUAAGAAUAUAAAAAUUAUACCUCCUGAUUUUGAAUUAAUUGAACAAGAUAUAAAUAUAAAUGAAAUUUAUGAUAUUGUAGAUUGUGUAAAAGAAAAUUUAAAACAUGUGAAAUAUUGUAAUUUAUUUUACAAUAAUUAUAUGUCAACACAAUUUAAAAUAUACGUAUUAUCCAAUUUUUCUAUUUAUCUAGCUUUUUAUAAUUAUACAAGUGCAUAUCAAAGGAUAUUAGAUUUAUUAUCACAAAUAAGUCAUUUUCAGUAUUUCUUUACUGGUCGAAUGGGAAUAAAAAGAAUGUAUCAAAAAAUACCAGCAACUAUACUUGUAUUAAAAACAAAGUUGGAUCAGCAGGAAGAUAAUACAUCUACCAUAUUAAAAGAAAUUGAACCUCUUAGUGAGUACGAUAUAUUAAGGAGUGAUUAUCGUAUUAUUGAUCAUGAUGAACACAACGUGCCGAUAUCUAAUGUUAAUCAGCAUAUAAAUAUAGAUAAUGAUGAUAGUAAUAAUAAUAAUAAUAAUAAUAUAUGUGUAAACAUAUGUAAUAAACAAAAUGCAUCCUUAAAAAGAGAAGAAACAAAUCUUUUGUCAAAUAAUAAUACUUCUUUCGAAAAAGCACCACAUGAACAAUUAUGUCAAGAACAAAAUACACCAGGUGAUUUGAAAAACACACCUAAUAUAUGUAAUAAUGAAUUAGAACGCCAAAGAAUGUCCAAUGGAUGUUGUAAUAAUAAUAUAAAUGAACAUAAAAUAUAUCAAAAAACGGAUGAACAUGAUAAUAAUUUUGAUUUGUGUGUUGACGAUUCUUCAAAGGAAAUUGUUCCUGAAAAAAACAUGUAUCAAUUUAAAAAUGAUAAAAUGAUUAAUUUUGGAGAGGAAGAUGAAAUAGAAAAUAAGGAAAAGGAUAAUAUAACAAGUGGUAAUAUAGACAAUACAUUGGAAGAUUAUAAUAAAAAUGAAAGUAAAGAAAUUGUUAAAAUUUCUAAUGAAGUAGAAAAAAAUAAUUCAAAAGUAACUUGGAAAUUAAAAGAUUUUGAUCCAGAUACAGAUAUAUUAGAAGAACCACAUUUUGUUGAUUCGCAAAAUAAUAUUUUUAAAGUUUUAUCUUUUCAAGAGCAAAUAUGUUUAAUCAAUUAUUGUUUUUCAAUGAUCAGAUUUAAUCCUCAUUAUGAUGAAAUAAAAUUUGAGAAAUUAAAUGCGGUGAUAUCCAGAUGUCUCAAGUGUUAUGAUGUUAAUCAAAAGGAUUCCCAUUUGGCAAAAGAUAAAAAUGAUAAUAAUAAAAGCAAUAAUAAUAAUAAUAAUAAUAAUAAUAUAAAUAUAAUAGGUAGUAAUAGUACAAAUAUAUCAAGCAAUUGUGUACAUCCUAAUAUUUCUAAUAAUUGUACUUCCUAUAAAGAUCAAAGAUAUUCAUCUCAACAGUUAAAAUACCAAAACUGGCUUUUACAUUCAUGCAUGUUAUGGUUCAAAUGUAAAGGAGAAACAUUUCGAUUUAAGACUGUUGACAGAGCUGCAGCCCAAUUAAAUGAACUACAUAAAGAAUGUUAUGAUAUAAAACCUGAAUCUGUGGAAAGACUUAAAUUCAUAUAUGAUGUAUACUAUCCUACAACGUGGGAAAUGAAAAAGGAAAUAGGCUCUGUAAUGAUAAAAAUAGGAUCUGUUGUAACAGCGUUUAAUAUUUUUAAAGAUUUAAAAUUAUGGGAAGAAGCGAUUUCUUGUUUAAUUCAAGCAGAUAGAAAAGAAGAAGCAAGAGAAUUAUUAGAUGAUUUAUUAAAAAAGAAAAAAAGUCCAUGCUUGUUAUGUUUAUAUGGAUUAAUAGAGAAGCAAAGAGCUCUAAACUAUUAUAUUGAUGCAUGGGAAAUCUCCAAUUUUAAAUAUGCAAAGGCAGCUAGAUUAAUUGGUAAAUAUUACUAUGAAAAAGAAAUGUAUGAAAAAUGUAGUGAAUAUUUAGAAAAGGCUUUAGAAUUAUCUCCUCUAUUUCCAGAAAUCUGGUUUAUAUUAGGUUGUUCAUAUAUGAAAAUCCAAAAUUUUGAUGAAUCUAUAAAAGCAUUUACACGCAUGAUAAGUAUGACUAAUGACAAUUCAUGCAAAUCAUAUGGUAAUUUAGCUUACUUAUAUAUGAAAAAGGGGACAUACAAAGCAGCUAAAAUAUGUAUUAAUCAAGCUGUUAAAAUGAAUAAUAAUGAAUGGAAAUAUUGGGACACUUAUUUAAAAUUAUCUAUUAUACAAAAUGAUAUAGACAGUUUUUGUUUAGCUUUAAGAAUGAUAUGUCAAGUUAAUCAAGUUAAGCAAAUACAACCAUGGGUAUUUGAUUAUAUAUCUGAUGUUAUAGUAAAAGAUAAACCUACUUUGAUUCCAAACAAAAAUGGACUAGCUUAUCUAGAUAAAAUUAUUACAACCAUGGAACAUUUGUCUCAAUAUAUAACAGAACUGGAUACAUUCUGGAAUGCCCAUUCCUUUUUUCUUUUUAUAAAGGGAAAAUUUCAAGAUUCAUUUGAGGCAAAAAUUAAGGAAAUACGUUCAAUAGAGAGUAUAAUACAAAAAUGCAAUAACGAAAAGUUAGUUGAUGCGUUGAUUUCGAAGAUAGUGGUUGCCAUCAAAUUUCUUUAUCACUUAAUAAAAUCGCAUGAUGUCGGCGAAAAAAAAGGAACCUUUUUGUACCAACUAAAGAGCCUUAUCGAAUCAACCUUAAACCAUUACAAAAACCUGGGUAGUGAGAACUUACAAGAGUUAUCACAAAUAAAGAACAUUUUAAAUUAA